AUGUUCCAGUGUGACCAAUGCAACAAGACGUGUUCUAAUAAAAGUAAUUUGAUAAGACAUCUACAGCUGCAUCAAAGGGACACCUUUGAUUGUGAAUGUGGAGAUAAUUUCAACACCAAACAAGCAUUACUGGAACACAAGAAAAAACACCAGGAUGAUAGGCCAUAUAAUUGUACAGAAAAUGGCUGUACAAAGACUUUUGCCUCAGUCAGUGGACUAUGGAGUCAUAAGAGACGAGUUCACAGAAUGAGUAUUGAAGAUGGGAAAAAUAAGUGUGAAGUAUGUGAUAAAAUAUUUGGUCAGAAGGGUCAUCUACAAGACCAUAUGCUAACCCAUUACGAUGUAAAAGAAUUCCAGUGUGAUCUUUGUAAGAAGAAAUUUAAAUUUCAAAGAAAUGUUGCCAGACAUCGAAAAAAUUGCCUUAAAAAGAGAGGUAUGUUAUCAAAACAAUAG